AUGACAACUGGUCGUGAACUCCAAACAACAGCCAAGAGACUCCGGUCCGGCACCAGCUUUCAAUUCGGCGUUCAAGAAGGCAUGCGCACUUCGACUGGUGACGCGGAACAAGACCUCGUUCCAAUUGUGGAUGACAAGUAUGCAAACGCGGCACGGCUCGUCAACGAGUACGUAUCGCGUGACAAGUCUUUCGAGGAGGCUCAUCGCGCAUGUCCAAGGUCCAACUGGAUGCGGGUCCAAGGAACAUCUGGAAGGUGCUUCAAGUCCUUUGACUUCCUCGAGUUUGGUAUCGGGCCAGUAGGCGAUGGCGACAACACAGUCAAACAAGUUGGAACUUGGGAAGAAGCAGAGAGGAUCUGCAUGGGCUUUGGUGCACACUUGGCGGCUCUAUAUACGGCUGCAGAAAUGAAGUUCGCACACAUGGUGCUUGAUCGACGGCCAGACGCUUGUUGGAUUGGCUUGCGGAGGCUUGAGCCACACCGCGCCCGCCGAAACAGUGACACCAGCAACGGCUGGAAAUGGAUAACGAGCGACAACGGCAUCCAGGAUGAUACAUAUCCCAUAGAAUGGCAUCGGGACUGGGCGCCUGUGUGGGAUUCAAUCUCAUACGCAAAGCCACUUUGCGGGGUGUUCACUAAAAAAGGAAUUGCCGCUCGGAGAUGCUAUGCCAAUACCGGCCCGACUGGAGGUCUGGCGGACAACAGAGUGAAGAAGGGGCAAAAAUCGUCAGCUGAGAAGCUGCCUGCUCCCGAGCUCUCAUGCUUCCUCUGUGCCACAUACACGUCCACCAAACUGCCAGAGCAAUCCUUCGCGUACUCAGCAGAGAAUGGCCUGUUUGUAUGGACAGAAGCGGUGGGAGGGACGCCUCCGUUCGAUGCGCGCCAAAGCGGUGCCACUCCACACAGCAUAACCACUGAGAUACUCGAUGAGAGAGUGAAGGACGAGAGACGGUACUCCAAAGAAGGGAAGAAGUCCACCUGGGGGCUCAGCAAACUCCACGAACGCAACACUAUGAAAGGUAUGAAGCGGCACAGCGAAUCAGCAUUGACCACGUCGAGCCGGAAAGCAAAUGUGGACGACGUUGAUCAGAGCUCCACUCUAGAGGAUUCGGUUGACGAGUGGUUUCCCCCUCGAUCUAAAGGUGUAGAGAGCACAGGGACUUCGCAGAAUCUCUCAGAGCGAUCGAAAGAAAUUCCAGGUGACGCGCACGAACUCACAAGCACUGCGUAUUCCACCACCGCAUCGGAUACAUUUGUAUAUAAUGCUACACACCAACCUGCGAUAGAUUCUGAAGCGGCAUUCAAGGUGACAAGGAUACCGUCGAUGAGCAACCACACGGAAAAAAAUGAGAUGGGCUUACGAGUUGACGCACACUCACAGCCUUCCAACGAUGAAGGGCGAGAUACAGCGGCAGAUAAUCCCACGGCUCCUUCUCUGGCAACGUCAGCACUGCGAAUCAAGGAUAGCGAAAGCUACGGAGCUUUUCUUCAGGAAUUCAUGAGACUCCACUCAGAAGCAAAGGAAGUUCAGGGUGGAAGAAAAGAAAAUGCUAUGCAUGGGGAGUCCACUGCCCAAGAUUCUAAAACCCUCCCUGCUGUCAGCGAGCCUCACGGCACCCCGGCAGGCUUGUCCGUUGUCUCUCUGAAGACGGAACAGGACAGUGAUGAUAGACAUGUGCUAGACGGCUCUGUUGGAAAAGUAAAGGAAGGUGACUACGUCCAAGUUUCGCCCAUCGCCAGAGCAACACCUGUAGCUGACAUGCAGGGAGAGUCUGAGGUCAAUCUUUCAUCGGCGGAGUCACCGCAGGAGUUGCCAAGCCGCGAUGGCUCAGCCGUGGGCCUUGAGACUGAGUCGGCGGCUACUCAACCGCUACGUCCUCCAUCAGUAGGAACGCCGCCCCACGAGGGCAAGGAAGGCAUGGCAGGAGCAGAAAAGGAGACGAAAGUGAAGUUGCUGCACAUAAUAUCCUGCAGCUUAGGUAUUGCAAUAUUCAUACUCGGGGCGAUUCUUCUUCUUAUCUGUCUCCGUUGCUCGCGCUCUCGUCACAAGGAGACGGGAGAGGGAGACAGUCAAGAGUCAGAGAGCACUCAGGCUAAAACGAUGUCUCUUCCUCUCUCCAUAGAGUCUUCCAUCCACUCAAUAGGCUCCUCCGUGUCCGGCUCACCUGCGUCUCGAGGCGAGAGCUCUUAUGCCCAGAGCAGAGACGAGCCAGUUCCGGCUAUGGGGGGAUCAUGUUGCCAGCAGCUUCUGCGGAGCGAUGGGUGUUCUCCCCAAUCAAGGAGGACUGUCUUUGAGUCACGGACACUGCCAGGAUCACGAGCGUCUUUAGGAAGGAUUGCCUCCCCUGGCGGAGAGAGCGUCUUCCCAGAGGAGACGUGGGAGAGUUCUGUUAGCACGUCAACGUCCAACAUUUCACAGUCCGCGGGGUUCCAACAACUAGGUUCGGAAACUUUGGUCUCGGCGAUCGUUCGUGGCAUCCGCGUCGCAGCAGGAAUGUCGGAGGCUAGCAGCACCAGAGACGAUGCCUUCAGUACCGUGCCCUCCGUGCUGUCGUCAGAUGACGCAGGCUCCUCUCUAGAUGGAUCUGCUCAGACCCGCCGCCCGAGUACCGCGGAGAGGCUCGAGCGGCUGCGCGCACGAAUCGACGCGCUGUAG